CUAUGGUGAAGAAUAAUACAGUGUAUACGAAGCUACGUAAACUUGUCGGGAAAUGAGGUUGUUGACAAAGAGUCACAAACAAAAUGGAGAGACCAUUAAUAAGUAUAGCCAAUCGUGAAUCUAGUUCCAU